AUGAUAAUCGUCGUCUGCUUUUCUCUUUGCCGCCAUCAUUCUCGUCUUUUUUUCUUGUUUAAUUUUCUUCUUUCUUUCCUUUUCAUUGUUAUACUUUUUCCUAUACUACGAUUUUUCUUCUUUUUACUAAAAGAAGUUCAUUAUGAUUUCUUCUUUCUUUAUUUCUUCAUCAGUUUACACUUUCAUUUUAUAAUGAAAACUUCUGUUUGUUCUUUCAUUCAUUUUCAGUUUUUAUUUUUCCCUUUCUUUGUUACUGACGCCCAACCUGACUUUAUAAAUGUUAAUCUCAUUUUCAUUUUUGGAUAUCAAUCAUUUCGCCUUUCUUUUCGACAUUACUUCAUCUUCCUUCCAUCCAUCCAUCCUUCCUUCCUUCCUUCCUUCCUUCCUUCCUUCCUUCCUUCCUUCAUUAAUUCAUUCCUUCCUUCCUUCCUUCCUUCCUUCCUUCCUUUAUUCCUUCCUUCCUUCCUAACCUUCCUUCCUAUCCUUCACUCCUUCCUUCCUUCCUUCCAUUUUUCCUUCCUUCCUUCCUUCCUUCCUUCCUUCCUUCCUUCCUUCCUUCCUUCCUUCCUAACCUUCCUUCCUAUCCUUCACUCCUUCCUUCCUUUAUUCCUUCCUUCAUUCCUAACCUUCCUUCCUAUCCUUCACUACUUCCUUCCUUCCUUCCUAACCUUCCUUCAUCCAUUCAUUCCUAUCCAUUCUUCCUUCCUGGAUUCGUUCAUUCAUUCAUUCAUAUUCUUCCUACUGUGUGAACGACCUGAUAUACAUCUAUCUAUCUAUCUAUCUAUCUAUCUAUCUAUCUAUCUAUCUAUCUAUCUCAGUCUCUUCAUAUCUAUCUAUACCGUGUGUAACAGUAAAAUUGUCCAAAUCGUGUAA